AGAACCGGUUAAAGAAGAAAAAAUUAUUGAUUUAAGUGAACAAUCUAAAAAAGUAAAUAAAAAAUGAAAAAAAAAAAAUAUAUUUAAUAAAAAAGAUGGAAAAUAAAAUAAAAGAAUUAGAUUAAACAAUAAAAGAUUUAGAAAAAGAAAUUGCAGAACUUUAUAAAAAGGCUAAAUCUUCAAAAGGAGCAUCAAAUAAAAUGUACAUGUAGAGAUGUAUGAAUUUGAUGAAGAAAAAAAAGCUUUAUGAUUAAUAAAUUUAGAAUUAUUUAAGUUAACAGUUUACUUUAGACUAAGUCGCUUUUACAAAAGAAAAUAUAUAAAAUACUUUAGAUAUGGGAGUAGCUAUGAAAUAAGCAACUUAAUAACAAAAAUUAUUAUUUGAUUAAGUAAAUUUAGAUGAAUUAGAAGAUAUUAGAGAUGAUAUGGAAGAUAUGUAGUAUGAAACUGAUUACAUGAAUGAAAUGCUUAAUAGAAAUUAUGAUAUUGGAGUUGAUGAAUAUGAGCUAGAUGAAGAAUUUUAAUAAUUAGAUAAUGAAUUAUUUUAAGAGCAAAUCGCAUAAUAAAAUUUAAAUAAAAAUAAUUAAUAAAUUAAUCAAAAUUUAAAUGAAAAUAGUUAAUUAUAAAAAAAUAUUAAUUGA